AUGUUUAGUAUCCUUAGCUGGAACUGUCGUGGGGCUAAAAGCCCCAAAUUUCUCUCUGUUUUCAAGGAUUACAUGCUUGCUUUUAGACCCAAUAUUGUGUUCAUCGUAGAGCCUAGGACUAGUGGUAAAGAUGCGGAUGCGGUGAUUGCCAAAAUGGGGUUUGACUGUUUCAAGAAAGUCGACGCCAUUGGCUUCUCUGGGGGUAUUUGGGAUCUUUGGAACUCUGCUGAUUUCUUAAUUACAGAAUUGGAUAAAGGCCCGCAGUUCUUUCACUUUCGUUGUGUUGACUUGCAGGUUAAUCGUACUGUUGAACUAACAGCCAUAUAUGCCAAACCGAAUGACCACGACCGUCGCCCUCUUUGGGAUUCCCUUCGGCACAUUGAACAGAAUAUGAAGAGCCAGUGGCUUUUAGUUGGGGAUUUCAACUCUAUCUGCAGUGCCUCGGAUCGGCAGGGAGGCGCUGGUUUCAAUUCCCAGAGAACUACCCACUUCAACGAGUGUAUCAGUGAUUGCAAUCUGAUCGAUGUGGGCUUUAUAGGUCCACGGUUUACCUGGACCAAUGGAAGACUGUCGCAGCGCCUUGAUCGUGCCCUUUGCAACAGGGACUGGCUCGAUUGUUUCCCAGAAACUUCGAAUACUCACCUUCUUCGAGUCCGCUCAGACCACCGGCCUGUUCUCGUUCGGAGCUCGAUGGACCAGCCCAGCCCUCGCAAGAAAAGACCGUUCCGAUUCUUAGCAGCUUGGCUCUGCCAUGAGUCUUUCCCAAGCACAAUUGACUCAGCCUGGACUCGGGGGAGAGAUUUCAACUUAAGCCUCAUCGACUUGCAAGAGGCGCUGCAGACAUGGAACAAAAACGUCUUCGGCAAUAUCUUUAAGAGGAAAAGAGCCUUGUCGAAUAAGUUGGCCAGAUGGGAGCUCAUCAAUGAUCGACACCCCAACCCUAGGUCUUUGCAAGAGGAAACUAGAGUCAGGGAAGAAUUGGAAAAAACCCUUUGGCAGGAAGAACUGCUUUGGCUUCAGAAAUCUAGAGAUAAUUGGAUCAACAAUGGUGACAGCAACACCCCUUUCUUCCACUCUUCCACCAUCGCCCGGAGAAGAAGGAACAAGAUCUUAAAGCUGCAAAAUAACGAGGGCGCUUGGAUUGAGGAUCAGGACACUCUGCAGAAAAUGUCUCGUGAUUUCUACAUAGAGCUAUUUACUGCAGAAACUGAUACAGCCCAGAAUUUCUGUGCAGAUUUCAGGAUUCCAGAGGCCAACUCUCUCAGCAGGCUAGCUUCCAUCCCUACAGUGGAAGAAAUCCAUAGCAUCAUCAGGAACAUGGGAAGCUUGAGAGCGCCUGGUAAAGAUGGUUUCCAUGCCAUCUUCUACAAACGCUGCUGGAAUACCAUUCAAGCCGAGCUCCGGGACUUUAUAGCUAGAUGUUUCCAGGAACCCGAGUCUAUCAGAAGGUGCAACUCAACACUGCUCACUUUGUUGCCUAAGGUGGACAGCCCGAGUAAUAUGUCUCAAUUCAGACCUAUUGGGUUAUGUAAUGUCAGCUACAAGAUCGUUGCGAAGUGCCUGGCUGACCGCCUUAAGUUGCUGAUGCCGGAUUUAGUUGAUGAGAACCAAACCAGCUUCGUUCCCAAACGCCACAUAACCAGCAACAUCAUCAUCCUGCAAGAGAUCAUCCACACUAUGAACCAAUUGAAGGGUGUGAAGGGUUUGAUGGUGCUGAAAAUAGAUUUGGCUAAGGCAUACGACAGGAUUAGUUGGAGCUUCCUCCUGUCUACCCUCGAAGCUGCAGGUUUUCCCCAGGAAUUCAUAUCUCUUGUCAUGGCCUGUGUCACGACAGCCAGUUUCCAGGUCCUGUGGAAUGGUAGCUGCACCGAGGAGUUCAAACCAACUCGUGGUCUCAGACAGGGAUGUCCUCUCUCCCCAUAUCUUUUUACUUUAUGCAUGGAACGUCUAAAUCAUAAUAUUAAAAAAUCUGUGGAGUGUGGUAAAUGGAAACCGAUCUGCUUAUCUAAAAAUGGACCACCCCUAACCCAUUUAUUCUUUGCAGAUGACCUUGUACUCCUAGCCGAGGCGGAUGCCAAUCAAGCCAGGGUGGUGAUGAGUUGUUUGGAUCAAUUUUGUUCAGCGUCUGGGGAAAAAGUCAGCAAAGAGAAGUCGCGAGUCUAUUUCUCAAGGAAUAUUAAGGAAAGAACCAAGAACAGGCUAAGUGGCCUAAUGGGAAUCCCACGUACUUCCAAUCUGGGCAAGUAUUUGGGUGUUCCAGUUAUCCACGGGCGCGUAACGAAGGAAACCUACAAGUAUAUCCUCGAGAAUAUAGAUAGAAGGCUUGCGAGCUGGAAAACCAAAAGCCUGUCGCUAGCAAGAAGGGUUACAUUGGCUACUUCGGUACUCAAUGCGCUCCCGAACUACACCAUGCAAACUGCCGUCUUGCCCUGCAAUGUCUGUGAUCAGAUCGAUAAGAAGAUCAGAGGGUUUGUUUGGGGCAGAGAUAAUGGCAAGGAUAAGGCACACCUUGUCACAUGGGAGACAGUCUGCAAGUCUAAAGAAGAGGGCGGACUUGGCCUUCGCUCAGCUAGAGCUCUGAACUUGGCAUACCUAAUGAAGCUGGGUUGGCAAUUCCUGAACAACGACGAAAGUCUCUGGGUCAGGGUACUUCAUGCAAAAUACGUUAAGCAGAACAAUGAUGGCAGCGUGGCAUUCCGCCAGCAGCGGGUCUCUCGGCUCUGGAAGGGGAUCAAGGAUGCCCUACCUCUUCUGAAACAGAACACCAUCUGGGACAUUAGGGAUGGUAGAAGCGUCAAUUUCUGGAAAGACCAUUGGAUUUCGGCUGGCCUGGCGUUGAAGGACCAUGUUGUCACCAAUGAACACACCGUCGAGUGGGACAGCUCAGUUGCGGAGAUGGUGGAUUCAUCAGGUACUGAUACCCCCCUCCAAGAAGCAGGGGAUGACACAAUUAUAUGGGGACAAGAAAGUGACGGCAGAUUUCGAAUUGGUAGUGCGUACAAGGUGGCGGUGGAAUGGCUGCAGGAAAAUAACCAUGGAGAUGCUGCUGAGGGCAACCACACCAAGUGGAUGAGCGCCUGGAAGUGGCCAGGACCAAAUCGAUUAAGACAUUUCCUCUGGCUUUGCCUACAUAAUCGCCUCAUGACAAAUAGCGAGAGAAAGCGGAGGAAUUUUGGUGACAGCGACACAUGCGAGUUCUGCAAGUCAGGACCAGAAACGACAGAGCACGUCAUCAGAACCUGCCCCUUGGCAGCUCAGGUAUGGCAACGCCUUGGCUUAAUAGAGACCCCCCUUACACACGGUUUGAACUUUGCAGGUUGGAUGGCGACCAAUUUGAAGAAAGAAGGGACAAACCUGUUGUUUGGAGUGGCGGCCUGGUUCCUGUGGAGAAGAAGGAACGAUUGGAUCUUUGAGAAGAAAUUUCAAGAAUCGGAGAUCCUGGUGCAUCGGAUCCGAGCGUGUGCUGCAGUUAUCAAGCAAGCACAAGACAAUAAUCGGCAGCUUCUCGUCGACACGACGGGGGACAAAACAAGACAAGAAAUGGCAUGGCAACCACCACCUGUAGAUUGGAUCGUUAUCAACUCUGACGGGUCUGUCAAACACCCAAACUCGGCGGCAGCUGCAGGUGGCUUGCUCCGCAAUCAUCUUGGCCGAUGUGUGGGAGCCUUCGUCACCAACUUAGGAAGCUGCUCCAUCACAAGGGCGGAGAUCGUCGGGGCGCUCACUGGACUCCAACUCGCUUGGGAUCAAGGUCACAGGAAGGUACUCAUCCACAUUGAUUCUACUGCAGCGCUGGCCAUUUUAACAGGAAAGGAUCGAGAUAGCAAGCGGUAUCACAACCUCACUAGGCGUUUUCAGAACCUGCUACAGCGUAACUGGGAGGUUCAUCUCUCCCACUCUUACCGCGAAUGCAACAAAGCGGCAGACUACUUAGCUAAUAAAGCCCAUGGGUUUAGCCUUGGCACUCACUCUUUCGAUAUUUCGGACUCGGGUCUCAAGUUUUGGAUCUUGUAUGACACUAUGGGGAUUACCCAGGAUCGGUUAAUUUAA